AUGAUCAACGGUGAAUACUCUGAUGAUCGGACGGUGGAAAUUACUGGGGAUGAAGCUUCGUCUAAAAUUUCAGUUCUCAGUCAAAAGAUCGAUGGACUUGAGCAGGAAAAUGAGAAGAUAAUUUCCGAGAACAAGAAGUACAAGGAGAGGAUUGAGGAAUUGAAGGCCUCUGUUAAAGAUUCGGAUGCAAAAAAUGUGGAGUUGAAAAAACAGGUUGAAAGUUCUGAAUCUGAGAACAAGGCUCUUGGGGUGGUGGCGGCUCGAGCUGCGGAGCUUGAAGCCGAAGUGGCACGUUUGCAGCACGACUUGGUAUCUGCGAUGAGUGAUUUGCAAGAAUCAAAUGUUGGGUUAUCAGAGGUGAAAAAGAAUUUGGAGGAAAUAAAAGGAAGGGAUAAGGAGAAGGAUGUUAAGCUGGCGGCAAUUGAGAAGGAGAGGGUUUUGUUGAUGUUUAAAUUCAGUGAAUUGGAGGUGAAUAAGAGUGAUUUUAGGAAUGAAAUGGAAGGGAAGGAAGAGGAGAUUCGAAAUUUGAAGAAGAAAGUUGAGGAAUUGGAGGCUGUGGUGGGAAAGAAUGAGGGAUUGGAGAAGUUGAAAAAUGAGUUGGAAAAGAAGGUUGAGGAAAUGGAAAGGAAAAUUGGAGUUUUGGAGAGUAAAUUGGAUGAGGAAGUGAAGGUGAAGGAAAUGUUGAUUAUGGAAGGUGUUAAUGGAGAUAUUAAUAGGGAGAUUGUGGUCAACAAUGAAAAAAAGGGCUUGAUUGGUGGUCUAAAGGAAAGGGAUUGGGCGGUAAUGGCGGGAUCAGCUGUUGCUGCUGCUUCGGUGUUGGGUGUUGCCUGCUACUUUCGACACGUCUCUAGUAAGCACUAA